AUGAACAUCGAGCGGAUAGCAAUUAUCGGCGCCGGGCCUUGUGGGCUGGGUGUCGCAAAGUAUCUCCUAGCAGAACAGAAAUUCAAAACUAUCACCAUAUUUGAACAGCGGGACCAGCCCGGUGGUGUAUGGAAUUAUACUGGCGAUGAAGGCACUAGCAACAAUGCCAUCCCAAUUCCCAACCCAAAUCCUAGCUCGACGCCCCAGCAGCCGGUGAACGGCAAGUUCAUAUCGCCAGUCUAUGACUCCCUGGAAACGAAUAUUCCGAACUCCAUGAUGAGAUUCUGCGAUUUUCCAUUUCCGGAUGGAACAGCUUUGUUUCCUUCGCAUGUAGUCGUUAAGGACUAUCUGCACAGAUAUGCCGAUGAGCUGCGGGACAUUAUAAAGCUACAGACGCUUGUUGUCGAUGUUUCUGUGACGAGAAGGCACCCGCGCACAGAGUGGGCAGUUGCAUGGCGGGAUCUCCAGACCAAUCAAGUCUCGACUGCACAGUUUGAUGCCGUGGUCGUUGCAAACGGGCAUCAUAAUGACCCCCACGUCCCUGAUAUUCAAGGUCUGGCUGAGUGGUAUCGCAUGUUUCCGGGAUCUAUUAGUCAUUCGUCCUCGUAUCGCCGCGCAGAGCCCUUUAAGAAUAAGCAGAAGAAACAGAAAGUCAUCGUGGUGGGCCACUCCGCCUCUGGAAUCGACAUUGCCUUGCAAAUCAGCCAAGUCUCCCAACAUCCACUGCUGAUAUCGGAGCGAACAGAAACAGCACUAUCACCCGAGAAAGCAGCGGUCAUCAAAGCUCUCCCUGAGAUAAGCCUACUAGACCCCAAGAGCGGCCGAGUGCAUUUUGCCAACGGGCACGAAGAGCGCGAUGUCGAUCAUAUCGUCUUCUGCACAGGCUAUCACUUCUCAUUGCCGUUCUUAUCGACCCUCCGACCCAGCAUCAUUACCGAUGGCCUUCGACCGCAAAAUCUAUACCAGCACGUGUUUUUCACCUCAGAGCCCACACUGGCGCUCAUCGGGUUCCCGCAGCGGAUCGUCCCAUUCCCAAUUAGUCAGGCGCAGGGCGCGUGGGUUGCGCGGAUUUUCUCAGGACGCCUGGUGUUACCUUCGCAAGCUGAGAUGGAGCAUUGGAUUGAGGAAUGGAAAUUUGAACGAGGAGAUGGGCGGAAUUUCAACAUUCUUGCGUUUCCGCUCGAUGCAGAAUACAUCAACUAUUUGCAUCAUCAAAGCUCGAUGGCCGUGCCCCGCGAUGGGCUUGAAAACAAUGGCAGCGGGAAACAGUCUCCGUUCUGGGGUGAGAAAGAAAAGUGGACGCGGGCCAGAUUCCCGUUGAUCAAGAAAGCGUCACAGGCACUGGGUGAUCAUCGGAGAGAAGUUACAAGCCUUGAGCAGCUUGGCUUUGGAUUCGAAGAAACGCUACAGGAUACAGGGCUGAGUAAAGCUCAUCUGUAA